CCAGUGAAUUGAAUAGGAGAGUCGAAUCCCUGUUCGGCUCGAAUCCCUGCCCCUAGCUUGAGUUAGUUAGCUAGCUAGAUGGUGAGCACUGCUGUUUGACUUCUUCAUGGGUCGGAGCUACAAGUCACUGUUACAGUUAAAGUCUUCUCGUAUCCUCUUUGUGCUCGGUCUGGUUCACUGUCCCAUGUCGCUAUAGCAGAGUGGACAGAGUGGACAGACUGGCUAACCGGAGCCAUGCACGGAGUCUGCUUGAGUUUGGUGUGUUUUGGUCCGCUGCUGUUGUACAUCGGAGCUUCUGCACAUCGAGGAGCGUCACAUUUAUUCACAGAUGAGAUCCCCUUCAAAAUCAACUGGCCUGGGGAACAUUUCACCUUGCCUGACUCAGGAGUCCUUUAUGAAGAAGAUGACUUCCUUAUUAUGACCACGACAGAAAAGGAGAAAUACAAGUGUUUAUUGCCUUCAUUGUCUAAGGGAGAUGAGGAUGAGGAGAAGGAGUACACGGGGCCCAGCCCAGCUGCUCUCCUCGCACCGUUAUUCAAGCAGAGCAGCUGCUCAUACAGGAUUGAGUCUUACUGGUCGUAUGAGGUGUGCCAUGGUAAACACGUCAGGCAGUAUCAUGAGGAAAAAGAGACUGGUCAGAAAGUGAACAUACAGGAGUAUUACCUGGGAACCAUGACCAGCAAACACACUGAUUCUUCAGCAGAUUCAGAAGCUAGUAAAGCUGAAGAUGCUGCCACUGAAAGACUAGACACCUACACGGAGGUGCCCACUAAGAACAUAGAAGGCCAGCUGACCCCUUAUUACCCGGUGGAGAUGGGGAAUGGGACCCCGUGUGUGUUGAAACAGAAUAAGCCUCGUUCUACGUCUGUGCUGUACGUGUGUCACCCAGAGGCAAAACAUGAGAUCCUUUCCAUUGCUGAAGUGACAACCUGCGAGUAUGAGGUGGUGGUGCUCACACCACUGCUCUGUUCUCAUCCUAAAUAUAGGUUCAAAUCUUCGCCAGUGAAUGCCAUAUUUUGCCAGGCGCUGGCAGGCUCUCCACUCCGACCCCACAGCCUCUCUCAGCUGGACCAGCAGCAGGAAGAGCUACUUAGGCCACACUUCAGCCCUCCCACUGAGCGAGAGGAGGACACGUCACCUGUGCGGGAGGAAGCCUUUACCUCUACCCACAAACCUAUGGCAGUAGGUGGACACACCCAGGUGGCAGUAGGAACCACCCACAUAUCCCGCCUGACUGAUGAGCAGCUCAUUAAGGAGUUUCUAAGUGGAUCAUAUUGUCUACAUGGGGGUGUGGGAUGGUGGAAAUAUGAAUUCUGCUAUGGAAAACAUGUCCAUCAGUAUCAUGAGGUGAGAGGAAAGAGAAAUGACAAAGAACAAGGGAAGAAUAUUGUAGUGGUGGGCAGCUGGAAUCAUGCGGAGCAUUUGGAGUGGUCCAAGAAGAAUGUGGCACGGACCUACCAGCUUAAAGAAGAGGGAGCCCAGAAAGUGAAGGUGGUGUCCCACUUCUAUGGCCAUGGAGACGUGUGUGACCUCACAGGGAAGCCUAGACAGGUCAUUGUAAAGCUCAAGUGUAAGGAAUCUGAAUCUCCUCAUGCUGUUGUUGUGUAUCUCUUGGAACCCCAGACCUGCCAGUAUAUUCUGGGGGUCGAGUCUCCAGUGAUCUGUAAGGUCUUGGACACAGCUGAUGAGAAUGGCCUUCUCUCCCUCCCUAGCUAGAAAUGAAACCUACUAAUGAAAUGGGCAUAUUUUAGAAGAGGACGAAUAAUAUAGUUGGAGUGAAAUGUGCAUUUCUGAAGGAAAGCAGAGUGCCUGAACCCAAGAAUUCCUCAUUAUCCCUUUAAGAACGUUGAGAAUUUGCUCUGGGUGAUGUGUUUGUCCUGUGUUGCAGCAGGUGUGUUGGUAAAAUUCAGAAAAUUCUGGUAGUGUCACCUGUGGAACUGUUUAAUUACCUGAACUGCUGGAGAAUAUCUUUCAUUUUGUAUAUUUUUUUGGCACAUUUUUAACGUCUACUUAUGAUUUCCUUUUUUUAAUUUAAUGCAAUAAUUUCUGCAGGGGUUGUUUUAACUGUUUAUUUAUUUCUGUUACCUACGUUCUUGCUGUUGCAAGCGUUGAAUUAAAUUUUAUGUAAAGCAAUGAUGCAAGAAUGAAAAAAUUGUAUUCAUUGAAUAUUCAGAGAGCUAAAAUGUCAUGCUGUAGUCGAACAGUUACGUACUCAAGCCAUUUAAGCAUAAAGAGGACAAGGCAAAUGCAACAAGAA